AUGCUGCGCUCCGUCUUCCGGCGCCUGAUCUCGGACCGGCCCGAGUCCGUCGACGACUAUGUCGGCGUCGUGGUGCCGCUCGAGGAGGCGCACCUGCACAGCCACUCGGCCCGGACGGGGAAAUGCGAGUUUGAGGAGCGCCCGAGCCAGGACGACGGCGACGGGCACGUGGCUGAGAACGAGGACGAGGACGAUGACGGCAAGGACCAGGGCGAAAGUGCGGGCAUGUUGGAGAUGAGCGCCGCCGAGUACACGAUCGAGGGGCUAAGGAAGGAGGUGAGGAGGGGCGGGAGGGGGCGGUGGACUGAGUACGAGCUCAAGUCGAAGCUCGUCAACAAGGCGAUUCAGGAUAUCGGCAUGGGGCGGUACAACUGGCAGCUCUUCGUCCUGUGCGGCUUCGGCUGGUUCGCGGAUAAUCUCUGGAUGCACGGCGUCGCCCUCACGCUCCCCUCCCUCUCGGCCGAGUUCGGCAUCUCGGAGCAGCGCGUGCGGUACACGACGUCGUCCAUCUUCCUGGGCCUCUGCUUCGGCUCCUUCGUCUGGGGCAUCGGGUCCGACGUGCUCGGCCGCCGCGCCGCCUUCAACCUGACGUUGCUCAUCACGGGCGUCUUCGGCGUGCUGCUGGCCGCCGCGCCGACCUGGGGCUGGGUCAACGUGCUGUUCGCGGCCCUCGGCUUCGGCGUCGGCGGCAACCUGCCCGUCGACGGCGCCCUGUUCCUCGAGUUCCUGCCGGACGCCUCGAGCAGCCUGCUGACGCUGCUGUCCGUGUGGUGGCCCGUCGGCCAGCUGUGCUCGUCGCUGGCGGCCUGGUACUUCAUCGCCGGCGGCGGCCGCCCGGCCGACGACGGCAACACGGGAUGGCGCCGCUUCGUGCUGGCCAUCGGGCUCGUGACCUUCUUCAUGUUCGUCGUGCGCUUCUUCGUCUUCCGCCUGUUCGAGUCGCCCAAGUUCCUGCUCUCGCGGGGCCGCCAGGCCGAGGCCGUCGCCGUCGUCCACGGCAUCGCCGCCCGCAACGGCGCCCGGACCUGGCUCACCGAAGAGGUCCUCGACGCCGUUGUCGACGGCGCGGCGGACGACCGCGACGACGACAACGAGGAGCCGGAGCGUCGUCGUCGUCCAAAGACCACGAACGUCCUCCGCAAGAGGAUGGCGGCCUUCUCCGGCGACCGCCUCCGGCCGCUCUUCAAGACGCGCACGCUCGGCCUCGCGACCGUCAUCGUCUGGUUCGUCUGGGCCACCAUCGGCAUGGGCUACCCGCUCUUCAACGCCUUCCUGCCGCAGUACCUCUCCCACGGCGGCGCGGCGCCCCCGCCGGACUCGGACGCCGGCGCGACGCCCAUCACCCCGGACACCUACCGCACCUACGCCAUCACCUCGGCCGUCGGCGUGCCGGGCAGCCUCCUGGCGGCCUACCUCGUCGGGCACCCGUCGCCCUGGCUCGGCCGGCGCGGCACGCUCGCGAGCUCGUCGCUGGUCUCGGCCGUGUUCCUGUUCCUGUUCGUGCGGUUCGGCACGACCCCCGCGUCGCAGCUCUUCUUCUCGUGCGUCGAGGCCUUCUCGCAGAACAUCAUGUACGGCGUGCUCUACGCCUUCACGCCCGAGAUCUUCCCGGCGCCCGUCCGCGGGGCCGGGACGGGCGUCGCGAGCUUCCUGAACCGCGCCAUGGGGCUCCUGGCGCCCGUGCUGGCGGCCAACGUGCCGGGCGACGGGACCACGGCGCCCAUCUACCUGUCGGGGGCGCUGAUCCUCGCGGCGUUUGUGGGCAUGUGCCUGAUCCCCAUCGAGACGAGGGGGCGGCAGAGGUUGUAG